AUGGACGACGACGGCUCUCCAACCAAAACCGCUCCUAAGUUUACGAGAUGCAGGACCGGGUGUUUACGGUGUCGAAAGCGACGCCGGAAAUGCGACGAAGGAAAACCGCGCUGCCAAAACUGUAUCGACAAGAACCUAGAUUGUCAAUAUGGACUGCAGGUUAGCUUCUUGCAGAAGAACACUUUUACGGUCACCGCAAGUGAACUGCGCACGCCCAAGCCUGAAGUAAAUUAUGACAAGAUCAAAUUUGUUCAGGAAGAUCCACUGGGCUGUACCACGGAUGCUUCCGUGGAGGAUUCGCCAUCCCCCGUUGCCAGCAUUCCAGUGACACAUCCUCAGAGUGAUCGUAGAGAUAGUGCAGUAAUCCUCGCCGAUGAUGGAAAAGAUAGUGAUGGAAAGGAUAACCGAAUCGACUUGAAUGAGCAUUAUGGUGAUGGGGGUAGUAUUCAUCGUGAUACUUUGGAUUUACCACACUGGGGUGGAGACCUGAACAUAUCGCCAGAUGGGACUCCUCACCAGGACAAGGAUGAUGCUGUUCAAGGCCUGCUAGCUCUAGGAGCAACGGCUGGACCGAACGGUGUUGUACCGGAGUCGAACAAUUUGUCGCUGCUCAGCCCUAAUGUCGCAUUAUCGUCGCUGAUGAAUCCCCAGCCCUCGGAGGUAAAGGAGAUUGCCCUGCCAACAGUACCUACCGGGCUUUUGGACGAUCCCAGACAUACGAGUAUUACUGAACUGUCUACCUCUUUAACUACGAGUACCGGCAUUGAAUCGGAAGCUCGCAAGCUGGAACUUCUCCGCCAUUACCGCUACCAUGUUGCUACUUGGCUUGACAUUUGCGAUUUGAGACACCCAUUUGGAAUUAAUGUAAUUCAGAUGGCAACGAGAUCCGAAAAACUUCUCUCUGCGAUAUUAGCACUUUCACAAACGUGCAUCAAUCAACGGGGUCACAGGAACAGAGCAGGUCUUGAGCAGCCGACCCUUCGAAAGGGCAACCCAUUGGACCAACUGGACCACGAUCAUCCUGACUUCACGGAGCUUAUACUGCUAUGCCUUCUCGAAGAAAUUCGAGGUCUAGUCACAGAUAUUCCAAAAGCUUGGGUCGACUGGGUGAAUAGAGAUGUCCCCUUUGUAAAUCACUUGGUUCAGCAUGCCUACAGUAAGGACAUGGAGUCGACCGCUUACUGGAUGUUUUUACGUAUAGACUUAGGAGUGGCGCUCGCUAACGACAUCCCCCUUCGAACCCCGCUCCCGAUGCUCCCGAUCCCCAGCUUAACAUUGUUGUCUCGUACCGAGGAUUCUCCAGUCCUAUCUCCUUUGUGGCACGCAUACCGUAUUUGCGGUAUCGCGCUGAAUAAUGACACUCGUGAAAGCUGGGACCCGUGCUUGCUUGCCUCUCUCCUUCUUGCAGCGAAGCACAUGACGCACGAAUCGCAACAACAGGAGAUCUUGCAAGGCUUUAAUCGCAUUCGUGGAAUUACCGGUUGGGAUACCGGCGAAUAUCUGAGCCAACUCCGAGAGGAAUGGUCGUUUCUCGACGGUAUGUGA